AAGAUAAGAAGAGUGACAGUAAAAUUUGGCGCCAGUCUCGUUUACCGGUCAUCCAAUAAUUUUGUUUAUUCCGUUUAUUAUUAAUUCUUUUUGGUUUUCAUGUUAUUCUUAUUUCGGGUAUCUUGGUUCUUUUAUUACUAAUCGCUGAGAUGAUAAAUUAAUGAUUUAAGGAAUUUGAAAUUCAUCGUUGAGUGUAAAAACUAUCUGUUAUUGAGUUUCAGUACUUUGUUGGCGACGUAUUUUAAAAUAAUACAUUAUGUUAAGUAGACGUAUGAAAAGAAUUAAGCCUUCAAGGGAAGAUGAAUCAACUAUUGAAUGUCUGAACUUGUUAAGGGAAAAAUACAAAACCUUCAGAAAAGAUUUCUUAAAUGCUUUUAAAUUUUUUUAUUGCAAGCAUACAAUGAAUAUUCCAUUUCUUGAAAACGAAUUAAAAGAUAAUUGUUGCGAUGCUAACAAUCCUAUUGAUUAUGAAUCAUAUGAAAUGUCAAUUUAUAUCAAGAAUAUUUUAGUAUGGCUUGAUCCUAAAAUGAAGUAUAUUCCUGAAGGUCCCGAAAGAUCAUUAACAUUAGGUCAUACUCGUAAUGUGCCCGAUGAAAAAAUAUUAAGGUUACAUCUAACAUUCCCUCAACAAAAUGAGGAAGAACAGAAUACACUUGUCAGUACACAAAAUAAUUUACAAAUUGUUUCAAAUAACAAUGAAAAUCUUGCUAUUGCUGGACCAUCAAGAAAUAAUUUUUCAAAUAAUCCUACAAGACAAGCUGAUAAAAAUAUAUAUGCUAGAAAUAAUAAAGGAGAAACAAAAAUGCAUACUGCUUGUGCUAAGGGUGAUUUGAAUUUAGUAACUUCACUACUUGUUGAGGGAUUUAAUCCUAAUGUUAAAGAUAACGCUGGAUGGACACCAAUGCAUGAGGCAGUGAAAAAUGGAGAAAUGGAGAUUGUAAAAAUAUUGAUUAAAUACGGUGCAUUGUUAAAUGUUCCUGGUUUUGAGUAUGAAAGCCCAUUGCAUAUGGCUAUAAGAUACAAGCAUUUUGAUAUAGCUGUUAUACUAUUGCAGCAUGGAGCUGAUGCAAAACAUAUAAACAUAUUUGGAAAUGAUGCACAAUCCUUGGAUCCAAAAGCAUGGUCAGAAUUAUUUAGAAACACUAAUAUAGAACUUCGUUCACCUUCAAGUUUAAUACACUUGUAUGACUAUAAAUCAGAUCAAAUAAUUGUAUUUCCAAUGAAGCUCACUAUAAAGAAUUCUAUAAUUAAAAAUUUUUCUAAAAAAUUCAAUAUUAAAAUUGUUGAAAAUAUUUUGAAUAGUAAUGUCAAACUCUCUCAAGUAACUCACAUAGUUGUACCAAAUAAAAAAUCAAAUGUUUGUGAUGUUAAUUUGGAAUGUUUAAUUGGUAUCGCUAAUGGACUGUUUAUAGUUAAUGAAAACUGGAUAUCUGAUUCAUUAAAUAAAAAUCAACUUCUGUAUUGUAUUCCAUAUGAAAUUAAUGGAACUACAAUGUAUCCUAAUGUGAAGAGUUCAUGUAUUUCUCGAAUACAUAAACAAAAACUGCAUCCAAAAUUAUUUGAUGGCAUAAAUAUACAUAUUAGUGGAAAUAUUGGUUGGAAACAAUUUACUCGAGAUAAUAUAAAGCAGUUGGUUCUGGAAUUUGGAGCUAAACUGCUUAAUCGUUUCCCAAAUCCUGAAGAUUGUCCAAUUAAUAUAAUACCAUACUAUUGUCGUAACAGUGAACAGAUGCGCAAUGUUUCUACUAUUGUACUUUAUACUGAAGACUCACAUAGACUGAUUAAGUAUAAUAUGAAUCACCUAAAAGUAUUUCCCAUUUCAUGGUUUAUGGAAGUUAUACUUAAAUAUUCUAUAGUGGAUAAUAUUUAUUUUGAUGAAUAAUUUAUCGUAUAUUAAUAAUAAUCAUUAUG